AUGACAAGCGAAGAAGUAACAUACGCAGACCUGAGGUUCAUGACACUGGAAAAAUCCCAGGACCAGGAGCUCCAGACUGCCAGAGUGAAAGGCUCCCCCAGUCCAUCUUCCUGUUGGCGACUGACUACAGUGGCGCUUGGGGUCUUCUGCCUAAGUUCAGUGGCAGCUGCAGGAGUCUUGGCUGCCAGGUUCAUCCUGGUCUGCCACCUUGUGCAUGAAAGGGAUGAAAACUUCACCCUGCAAAAGGCAAUUAUGGAAAGCCUCAACCAGAAGCUGGAGCUCCUCCAGGCUCAGAAUUUGAACUUGACAGAGACUGUAAAGCAACUUGCCACCUCCAGAGGCUCCCCCAGUCCAUCUUCCUGUUGGCGACUGACUACAGUGGCGCUUGGGGUCUUCUGCCUAAGUUCAGUGGCAGCUGCAGGAGUCUUGGCUGCCAGGUUCAUCCUGGUCUGCCACCUUGUGCAUGAAAGGGAUGAAAACUUCACCCUGCAAAAGGCAAUUAUGGAAAGCCUCAACCAGAAGCUGGAGCUCCUCCAGGCUCAGAAUUUGAACUUGACAGAGACUGUAAAGCAACUUGCCACCUCCAGAGGACAUAAAUGUAUUCCUUGUCCAGAGAACUGGCUACAGUAUGGGGAGAACUGCUACCAUUUUUCAAAGGAAUGGAAAACUUGGCAAGACAGCAAGGCUCAGUGCUCUGCUCUGGAAUCCGGACUUCUUAAGAUAGAGAGUAAGGAAGAGCUGGACUUCGCAAUGCGAUCAUCACAGUUUUACAGUUCUUACUCUUUCUGGAUCGGGCUGUCUCGCAAUGGAGCCGAGGGGCCCUGGCUGUGGGAGGAUGGAUCAGCUUUCUCCCCUGAUCUGUUUCAGAUCCAACGAGCCAGCUCAAGUCCUUCCCUAGACUGUGUGUGGCUUCAAGGUGCAAACAUAGAUGCUGCACAGUGUGGCGAGUACAAAUUUUACAUUUGUGAGAAAGUGGUGGAUCCUGCGGUGGUGGAGCAAGUGAGCUACUUGGACAGGCACUAG